AUGUUGUCUACUCUGAAGCUCACAAUCUUCCUGUGCUGUUUAGUGAUUUGUAGUUUUUUAACUCUUUCAUUCUACCUACGUCAGCAACAAACUAAACAGAAUGUAACUCGAAGAGAUAAUGCUGAUAUUAGCAGCAAGUCGAUAACAGCACUUGGAGAUAACAAGACCUACAUCAUCUCUGCCUAUUAUGACUCUCGAAUAACUGAAUCAGUGCGAGUACUUGCAAUAAUCCAUGAGUCGGUGAAGGAACUUUAUUGCAGGUUUCAUUGCACAAACAAGGAUAAUAUUCUUGUUGCGGCACAAAUAGACCUUCAUAUUGAAAGAUACGGAUUUCCAUAUGGUACAGCAGAUCUUCUGUGUGAGGAGCCUCCUAACUGUGUUUAUGUGUAUGUGUCUGUUCAUUGGUCCAAAACACAAAUGACUAACUAUGUUCCUAGGUUUGAGGUAAAAAAUCGUGUUGUUGGACCAUUCUCUGCAAACUUUACCGUCUGUAUCUCUGCGCUAUAUGGAGAGUAUAAUAAUGUAUUACAGAUGAUUCAGAGCUUUGAGAUGUAUAAACUACUUGGAGCAAAUAGAGUAACGAUUUAUAAGAACGGAUGCCAUGAGAAUGUUGAGAAGGUCUUACAAUAUUAUGUUAAAGAAGGGUUCCUAGAUGUAGUAACGUGGCCAAUAGACAGAUACCUGCGGACAUCUGCAAUGUGGAAUUACUCCUCUGAUCCAAACAGUCAAAUUAGUUAUUAUGGUCAAGCUGCAGCACUAAAUGAUUGUAUAUAUAGAAACAUGUUUAAAAGUCAGUUUAUUCUUCUAAAUGACAUUGAUGAAAUUAUUCUUCCAACAAGUCAUCGUGACUGGAAAUCACUAUUGUUAAGUCUUAAGAAAAAACAUCCAAAUACCAGUGUCUUCCGUUUCAGCAAUCAUGUUUUUCCAGCACAUAUUAAUGGCGCUAUUGACAACAAGUGGAAUAAUGUUCCUGGGGUGAAUAUGUUUCUUCACAACUAUAGAGAACCUUUAAACCACAAAGCUUUCGAUAAGCGGAAAAUGAUAAUAAACCCAAGGAAGAUGUUUCAGAUCUCAAUUCACAGAGUUUUGACGUAUGUUGGAAAAUCUACAGAUUUUAACAGUGAAGUUGGAAUUCUUUUUCAUUGCAGAAAAACAGAACGACCAGAACUUGCCCCAGAGUCUCUUAUUGAAGACAACAUUCUCUGGAGAUACCGUGCACUCAUGAUGGAGAAGGUGGAUGGUGUCAUUAAUAAUAUUCACUUAAACAAAUAA